AGAAGGCAGUUUAUAGAAACAGAGCAAAGAGACUGAAGUGAACCCUUGGGAUUCUGCGGGGAACCUCAAGUGGGACAAUGGAAAAAUGAAGUAUGAAAUAAGAAAAGAAAUGAGGAAGGAAAAGAUUUGGAGCUAAAACAACAUGGAUUCAAGGAGAAAACAACAUAAGAUUCAGUCAAGCUUUUGGAUUUCUUGGCUGUUCUGCAUUUGACCCUUCCACUUCAUUAUUCACCCAUCAAUCUGAGCAUUAAAGAACUUGGAUCAACAGACACCAGGGAUGAGGUUGGCCCUUUGUGUCUUCCCACCAGUUCCCCAAGGAAGAGUGUAAAGAGCUACCUCUUGUAUUUUGAAGUUGAAAUGGUUCUGAAGCAUGUGCUGAUAACGAUUAGCAUUGAUUAGCAGGAGGAUAUGGCCAUUGUGUUGAGCAUUUUUCCAAUUCUCCUUUGGACAGCAAUGGCAUCUCAAACAAACUUAUUGGAAGCUAAAGGAAUUCAGGUUCUCCCACCUGUGAACUUCACUCUCACUGUCAGUGCUCUAGCAGAAGUACUUUUACAAUGGAAACCAAACCCUGGUCAAGAACAAAAGAACUGUCAUGUCAGUUAUGACGUGGAAAUUCUGACUCCUGAGAGUGAAAAAUAUACCACCAAUUCCACUCACAGUACCCGUACAGUUGUGCUUCAUAAUGGCUUUUCUGCACGUCUUCAAACACAGCUUCUGUGUAACAACUCUAAAAUAGAAAGUAACUGGGUUACAGCUGAACUCCAACCCCCAUCAGGUGCUGUUGAGACCUCUGUCGCUAACUUGUCCUGUAUGAUUUACACCAGCAUUAAUAACACUGCAUCUCUUCAUUGCACCUGGCUUGCUGGCCAAGCAGCCCCAAAAGACACAAAAUAUUUUCUAUUUUACAGGUAUAAUGGCUACACUGAAGAGUGUCAAGAAUAUAAUAAAGACAAAUGGGGAAGAAAUAUUGGUUGCCAAAUUUCACACACUUAUAUAAAGACUAGUGGAUUUGACCAAGUCAUCAUACACAUUAAUGGGUCAAGCAAAUAUACUGCAAUUAAACCUUAUGAACAGUUAUUUGAUCAAAAGGCCAUUGAGAAAGUGAAUCCUCCCAGAAAUGUCACUGUGGUUUUAAAACAAAACAAUUGUCUGGUCAAGUGGAAAAAUCCGGCUUCUUCUCUCUUCGAGCAAUGUUUUGAAUACGAACUUAAUAUCUACAACUGUAAGAGAGAUGACCAACAGAUAUUGAAAACUAAGUUAAACAGUUUCAGUUUAACGAUUGAUGACACCUGUAGAAACUCCAUACAGAUAAGAGCUAAUCUUCAGUCAUGGUGUGGGAAAGGAUUCUGGAGUGACUGGACUGAACCUCUUUAUAUUGGAAAAGACCAGCUGAGGACUUCAGUGGAUUCCAAGGUCUACAGAGUUCUCACUGCACUUCUAGUAUUCAUAUGUUCCAUGGCACUGCUGAUUGCUAUAAUAUGCAGAAAGUGCCACUUAUGGAGGAGACUCUUUCCACCAAUUCCAACACCCAAAAACAGUUUAAAAAAUCUGUUUCUAAAUAACAACUAUCAGAGAGCACGUAUUUGCACCAGUGAAACUGAAACAGAAACUGGAAGCUGUCCUGAAGAUUUCGGAAGUUAUAGUGAAGACCUUUAUUUUGAUGUCCUUGAGGAUUCUGUGAUCUAAAAUAUUAAUCCAUCCAUGAUCUUGAAACUUACAGAAGUGUUACUGUAAGUGACAACAGCUUAGAUUGGAUGAACCUUCAUGUCAUACUUCAUCAGCGCUUCAAAGAUAGAAAAAUGUGUUGCUUCUAAGAGAUACAAUUGCUUAAUUACAAGCUAGCACAUACAAAUAUGUCACUUUUUAAGAGGAAAAGUGAUUGUUCUGUAAGCAUCUAUCAUCAAAGCAUGACAAAAUAUAUUCAUUUCCACGAGAGCCAAAGACCUUCUGCUUGGCAGCUAUGAGACAGAAGACCACUAACCUCAGUGAAGCUGCCUCUAGUUAUAUCGGAGCUGAAAUUGGCCAGAUGGAACCAGUUCUAUAAGAGUGGGCUGGAAAAUUGGUUUCCAUUGGGGUUGGUUCUCUGAUUACUGGAAUAUUUUCUUCCUAGGACCCUAUGUUCUAAGGAAGGAGAUAGGGAGUUAUCACACUGGUACAAACCGUAUUUGAGUCUGCUCUUUCUGAGCAAAGGAAGGACAUGGUCAGAAAGGCUCAAAAAUCAAAUACAGUGAAUUAACUUUUUCAAGAGGUAAUGGUUCUAUCUGCGCAAAUCCUUUUCCUUCUACUCCCCCUUUUAAACUCACCUUUUCCCAUACAAACAACCCUCAUGAUAUAAAAUGGAACUCAAUAUGAUGGUUCCUUUGUCACUUUUAAACGUCCCAGAGGGGUAGCUGGGUUAGCCUGUAACUUUAAAACCAAGUAGU